GCUAGAUGGCAAGGGAAACACGAACCUGCAGACUCACAAGCGCCAAGCCAUACCUUCACAGAGACCAUGAAGCUGACAAUACUGCUCUGUGCUAUCGUGCUCCUCUCUCUCUCUGGUGAGUACUAUUACCAUAACCAACUGGCAACAGCACUUACGAGCUGUUUUGACAUACAUGUACAAAUAUUGCUUGAUAUUUUUAACAUUGAACAUUUCACCUUAUUCUGAACUUAGAUCAAUGAGGUUUUGAGAAUAAUCAGACAACUCUUCAUUGUUAACGAUGCUAGUUCAAUUGGUUACAAGCUUUUGACUGAAUGUAAGAAUGAAGAGUAGCCUAUAAGGAAGUGGUGACGGAUACAUUGUUUAGGAUACAAUACCCAGUUGUAAGAGCCCACACAAAGGGAAAGUCAGAGCAGCACCAAGAAAAUAAUGUCAGGUGAUAUCCUUUUGUCUACUCAGGCAUUUCUAUGAAGCUGACUGUGGGAGAGCUUUGUGUGGGGAGCCAAGAUCCUAUUAAAUUCCUAUGAAUAAUUAUUGUAAUUCCUAAUUAUAUGCAUGUCACAGGACACUGGUGAGAAUAUGGACAACAGUCUCAGACCCCAUGCCAUUAAUCCCAAGAUAAAAGUUAUUUCCAAGAUAGAUACCUUGACAUUGGGGUUACUGGCAUGUAUCUCACUGGCUGGUUCAUCAUAGAGCUAAAGAUAAAACAUUGAGGAAGUUCAACAAGGAACAGUCAUUUGUCUAGGUGAUAUUCUCUCUAGUCAAGAGCUCAUCUGGAAAACAAUAAGGUAUUUAAAGAAGUGGAAUGUGAUCUUGUUUCAAAGACCAAUAAUAAAAGAAGGCAUACUUUUCAGACAGUUGUUGAGCAACAUUCAGUCAACCUUUUUCCCCACACAGAAUAUUGUGAAUCACAUCAAGGAAAAAGUUAAUACCCUUUUCUUUCUUUAUGUUUUGUACAGUUUUUGCCAUGGAUGAAGAAAGACCCCCACAGCCCAGAGAGGUGAGUUAUUCUAUUGAAACAAGGCCUUUACAAUGCUUUCUAUUAGGAUGUAUGUCAAAAUAGCUAUAAUAGUAAGGACUGCUCUUCCCCUGCUUACAAUAGCCUCAGUGUGAGGUGUAUGAAAGCGGCAUGUGCUCCAGAGAGUUUGAUCCUGUGUGUGGGAGCGAUGGCAACACUUACACCACUGAGUGUGUGCUGUGUAAAGAGAACAAGUAA